AGACUCCAAUUACUGUUAGAAGAACAAAAGAAGCUCUAGAAUUUAGGGAAAUAAUGAACGUUCCGAAACUUGACCAGAGCAUUGCAAAUAAACAUUUGAAAUGGCAAGUGAAAAUAAUAAACAGUGCAGCAACACGAGGAAGAGAAGUCAAUCUAGAACAAGUCCUGAAAUCCCGCAUAUUUGGUCUGAUAAUAGUCGUAACAACAGUGAGAAUGAAAGUGAGGAGAUUCAAAGAGAGAAUCCAGCAUUAAUAAAAGCUGUAGGAAGGAACCAAAGCAAACUGAAAAACUUGUCACAGAGAAGGGUCCUUGCACUAACCGUUCGCUUGUGUUUGAGAAUGUUAGCUUUGAAGAACAUCCACUUUUAUACUUCAAUUCAGGGCAAGAUAAUGGUAUUUCUUCAAUUUCAAUAA